AAGGAAAUCCCACGGAAGACAUUUAUCGCGGAGGGUGUUCAUCUAAACUAGUUCCGGGUAUCAACAGCCUGGUGGCUAAAGUUAGCUGAAACGCAAUCCUCCACUCCUCAUUCUUCUACAGAGUGGGUAAACUAAAAUCCCGGAGCAGGAUGGACGGUGAAGAGAGAACCUACGGCGGCUGUGAAGGGCCAGAUGCCAUGUAUGUGAAGCUGAUCUCUUCAGAUGGCCAUGAAUUUAUAGUGAAAAGAGAACACGCCUUGACAUCUGGGACUAUCAAAGCCAUGUUAAGCGGACCAGGUCAGUUUGCUGAAAAUGAAACCAACGAAGUGAACUUCAGGGAGAUCCCGUCUCACGUCCUGUCCAAGGUCUGCAUGUACUUCACCUACAAGGUCCGUUACACCAACAGCUCCACGGAAAUACCUGAAUUCCCCAUCGCUCCGGAGAUCGCACUGGAACUGCUUAUGGCUGCAAACUUUUUGGAUUGCUAAAGUUACACAAGUAAUGUAGCAGCUUAAAACAGUUUUAGAUUUUUUUGAAUAUUUAAAUUGUUUUCGCCAUUUACUUAUAUGAAACAUGAAUAAGUAUGUCACCAUGUUGGUUAUUUUUUUUUUUUUUCACCUGGCUUCCUGUCAUAAUUUUAUUAGUAUUAAAGGAUUUCAUUUUAAUGUAAUAAAUGGAAAUGGCAGGGUGCAUCACUUGCCCCCAAAUGUGAUAAAUGUGUCCCCACUCCAUAAAUGUUUCCUCACCUCUCCAGAUUAAUAAAGACCUGUUUGGUGAGCACACUUUAUUUCCAGUGGCUACCUCACUUUGCAUGUACAGCUGACUUUCAAUACCACUUUCACAAAGACCUGCAUCCAACUUUAACUGUAUUUUGCUUGAGCUCGAGUUAAAACAAAACUAAAAUAUUUAAAAGAUCAGUUUUCAAAGAUUGUAUACACUAAAAUGCAUAUUAUAUAUAAUUAUAGACAUAACAGGAAGGAGCUCUGGCUUGAAACAUGAUGUUUGGAAGAUAUAAGAUGUGUCAAAUGCUCUUUUAGGGCAAAAGUGUAACGGCAUGGAAACUGUGUGUGUGUGACACUUCUGACUUUAGGCUUUUAUUUAGCUCUUAGUAGCCUUCGUGUAUGUCUUUGUUUAUAGAUAGUUCUGGAAAUAAAUGCAGUUGAAAAUGUCA